AUGGAGACCUUUACUGAACCCCUAGAUGAGUCCCAAGUGAAAGAAGAUGAACCAUCAAGCAUCCACUUUUUAUCAUACAUGCCACCUGAAUAUGAAUUUUUCAAGUUUCACGAAGAGUGUGAUAAAGAGGAAUCAUUGGGACAAGAUAACACAAAAAGUAAUGCAGAUGUCUGUGAGCAGGUUGAAGAUGAAAUCUAUGAAGGUAUAUCAACAAAUGUCCCUAUUUUGAUGAAAUCACAAUCUAUGCCUUAUGAAGUAUUCAAGGUUCAAAGCAAUCCUCCUUUUGAAUCUUUAAAUCAAGAAGACUUCCCUAUCAAAGAGGAUAGUUCUGGGAACUAUAUCAGGAAUGCAGAGAUAAAUGAGGUAGGGGAUGAUCUAAUGAAGGAAGCCCAUGAAGUUGAGUCUCAUCAUGUUUGUAUUCCAGAUUGGUGUUUGAAGGCUUCAGAUGAUGACUUCCCUUAUGGUAAAAGUGUGAACAUUGCACUUCAGAUUGCAAUAGCUUUGCAGUACCUGCACGUAGAUGUUGAGCCUCCUGUGUUGCACCACGAUGUCAAAUCUGCCAAUGUUCUGCUUGUAGAUGAUAGCCAUGCCAAACUUACAGAUUUUGGCCUGCCAAAACUGGGCCAUAGAGAUAGUUGGGCUGCACCAACCCCAGUUAAGGGUAGCUAUGGUAUUGUUGGAGAUGAUAACAAACCGCAAAGCCAUGAAAGAUUUUGA